AUGGCUCUCUCAGCUUUGCACUUGUAUUCGAAAGAUCGAUCUCGGUCUGAACUGUUUGACAGAGCUUGCUAUCUACAAGGCAUCGCUAUUCAGCUUGUCCAACCCGUCAUUGCCAAUCUGCGCCAGGAAGAUUCUCUAGCUGCUUUGAUGUUUUCUAGUCAUACUUCCGCUUUUGGCUUGGCUGAAUACAUGCUGAACCCUCACCACGAUGAUACCGAUCCAAUUGACAAGAUCGUCGAAUGCUUUCAAUUGAGCCGAGGAAUCAAGCUUGUCGUCUCACCACAUUGGUCUUACUUGUCUCAGACUUGGAUCAACAGGCUAUUCCACAGUGGUUCAGGCAACGAGGAUCGAAUUCGGACCUCCCUGGCCUCUAUCUUUCCCACUUAUCCAAUGGUACGAUCUCUCGCCUUUGGCCAAGAAGACGCAGAACGCCGUAAAUGCUGUCUGGAAACAAUCGAAGACAUCUUUACCUUCAUUGGCGCUUCAAUGCAGCAUCCACAAGAUUAUCCAACGUCUGCGCAUCUAAUUGACCAAUGGGCUGUCAAGCUGCCUCCGGUCUUCAAAGACAUGUUAGUCGAGCGGAAACCCAUCGCUCUUAUCAUCCUGUCGUACUGGGCUGUCUUGACGAGCAUAAACCCGCGACCAUGGCAUCUCAAAGGCUUGGCUGAAGUCCUUAUUGCACGGAUCGAAGAUAUCCUCGGAGAAGAAUGGGCGGAAUUUCUUCGCUGGCCCAGAGAAAGUAUCAUCAAGAACGCACGGGCUGAACAAGAUGCGUCGGCUCAGACACCACGUUUUGGCGAUUGCAGUGUCGAUAGUCGACUGCAUCUUCAUGUGGAACGCUCAACCAUUCCAUAA